AUGUCUGCUUCUGCUGCUUCCUCUCCUGCUGCCUCUCCUGCUGCUUCGCCUGCUGCAACUGCCAACAACAACAACCACAUGGGCGACAACAAUGAAACCCCUGUCAACACUCCCACCAACAACAACAAUGGCCCUGCCCCCAUGGAGGGUAUUGAACCCACUGGUGCUUUGGCCUCCAAGUACGUGGACGCCCUUGCUCUCUCUCGACAAUCGCUCAAGAAAAAAGAGAAGGAGUUGGAGAGCUUGAUCAUCAAGCAAAUCCAACUUGAGACCAUGGAACCAGUUCCCGAGGACGAGUUGGCAACAAUUGUGAAGCGAAUGGAGGCUUUGCACAAGGAGAUUGAGAGGACUAGAAAGAACAUUGCUAUCCUCACUCCUAAGGAUGCUGACACCACCACCAGCUCUCGUAAGCACAUUACGAUGAAUCUUGUUCCACGUUUUGUGAUCAAAGGAGUCAACGAGUCUCCUGAGGACAAGCAUGUCUUUCCCAAUGUUGAUGCUUUUUUGCUCAGCAUGAAGAAGCUGUUUCGUUCCCACAAAUACAAUUUGGACACUGAGUGGGAUGAGGUGUUGCAUUGUGCUUUCCCAGCCGAUCUUGAAAAAUGGUAUGCUGACACUUUAAGCGGUAAGAAACUCAAUUGGAAUGAUGUUUGCCAGAGAGUUCGUGCACGUUUUGUGUCGCGUGACAACAAGGCACGCAAAGCAAUGGAGGUGUUCAAGUGCGCUAUGCGCGAUGGCGAGACAACCCAACGUUACGGUACUCGUUACCAAAACUUGGUGAUUGAUGCCGGCUUGACCAAUUGCGAUGUGUUGGCCAUGUUGUUCCUUUUAUCUUUGCCUGAGGAUGUACAAGAAAGGGUGCUCAUGUCGUUUUAUGCUCGUCCUGGUAAUGAGGAUCGCUUGCCUGACAACCUUGAAGAGGUUAUUAAGCUUGCUGAUUCCAUUACAAUUACGAAGAAACGCACGCACAAAGACUCUGGUUCCAGUUUCUCGCAUCAUAAGAAGCAUAAAGCUUCGAAGCAGGCUGGCAAGGACGGGUCUAUUUAUUGUAUCCAUUGCGAUGACGAAGGUGACCACGUCUCUGAGAGGUGUGACAAGUUGAAGAAGCCAAUUGUAGGUGCGAAAUGGCAUUAUGCACAUCAUUCCCACAAGCCCGAUCACUCUUGCCAUGCUUCAAAAGUGGAGAAGGCCAAACUUCGUGCUGAGGGCAAGAUGCCACCACCAAGGCGCCACAAUUCUCGCCGUAACGAGAACAACGUGCAGGUAAAUACCAUGGUGCAUGAUUCAAAUGACAUGGAUUUAUCUGACGACUUCGUUCAUCGGGCUGAUUCAGCAAUCAACAACAAUGACUCCUUCUCACCCAUCCCAUUGAAUGAAUUACAAGAUGUGGAUGAAAUGCUCGCAAGGCAAUCGUUAGGUAAGUUGUUGUUUGCUGCGCAAUUGAAUGACAAUCCAUAUCUCAUGAAAACACCCAUCUUGGUACAGAAUAAGCUACUCGUCGGCCUUGUCGAUACUGGCGCAGAAAAUUCUGUUAUCAAUAAAACAUUGUGUGAUGCCAACAAUUGGUCGUAUACACCUGUGGAUGGGAAGAUCAUGUAUGCUGGUAGGAAUGAUGUUGUCAAGCGUAUGGGCAUUACAGAGCCUCUUCAGCUACAAUACAACAACCGGCAAUUUACACAUCGAUUUGAAGUUAUGGAUUUGGAACAAUACAAUCUUAUUUUGGGCUUUGAUAUCCUUCCUAAAUUGGGUAUCUCUUUGCAAGGUGUAGCUGUCAAAUGGGAUGAUCAGCAAGAUGACGUGCAAGAUCCUUCGGUGCACGAUGCAUACAAAAAGCUGCCACUAUUGGAUGCUAACACGCGUAUUCCUAAAUGGUCGUUCUGCAACAUACCUGAGUCUAUUAUUCACUUGGAUCUUACGCAGCAAGGUGUCACAUCCUAUCAACGACAAUAUACUUUGCCAUAUGCUUUACGUCCUGAGAUCGAUGCUACGAUUCAAAAGUGGCUCGAUGAUGGUGUCAUUGUGAGAGCUCGUAUCAAUUCCUCAUGGAACAGCCCAUUGACAUUAGCUGACAAGAAGGACUCACAUGGUAAUAAAGUGGGUAAGCGUCUUUGUUUGGACCCACGACACAUCAAUCGUUAUUUGAAGGAUGAUCGUUAUCCGAUUCCUACUAUUAAGGAGAUCUUCAAUGACUUGGGUGGAGCGAAAGUUUUUACCACGCUUGAUCUUACCAGUGCUUUUCAUCGGUUUAAGAUUGCAGAGGCUGACCGUCACAUCACCACUUUUACGCACAAGGGACAACAAUUUAUGUUCCGUGGAUGCCCAUUCGGUUUGAAGCCCAUCUCCUCCAAGUUUCAACGAGUCAUGCAUAUUGUUUUUAACGACAUGCCUUUUGUACGCACGUUUGUGGAUGACAUUAUUGUCUUUUCCAAAGAUUUGUUUUCCCACACCAAACACGUGCAAUACGCGAUCAAGGCUCUUACGCAAGCCAACCUCAUUUUGAACCCGGCAAAGUGUCAUUUUGCACAACAGUCGGUGUAUCUACUUGGUUUUUGUGUCUCCGAGCAUGGUAUAUCUCUUGAUCCAAGAAAGGUAGUAAAUGCUAUUGAUUGGCCCCAACCUCGUACUGGUAAGGAUAUCCAGCGGUUCAUGGGCUUUGUGAAUUACUUCAGUGACCAUAUUCCUCAUAUGGCCGAGAUCUCUGCACCACUCAACAGGGUACGCAAUGCCGGUUUACUUAAGGAUUUGUGGACUGAGGAGCAAACGAAAGCAUUGAAUGCUCUUAAGCAAGCCUUAGCAAAGAAUGUACUUUUACAUUUCCCUGACUUUGAUCAACCCUUUUAUGUGGCCACGGAUGCAUCGAAUUAUGGCAUUGGUGCUGUGUUGUUUCAAAAGAUAAAGGGCAAGAAUUGCUAUGUCUCUUUUAUGGCACGUGCUUUGAACCCCAGUGAGCGUAAAUACUCCACCACUAAACGUGAACUCUUGGGUAUGGUAUACGCCCUUCAAAAGUUCCAUCCUUUUCUUUGGCUACGCCCAUUCACACUUUAUACGGACCACAAGGCUCUCACUUAUUUGUUCACCCAAAAGCUUGCAAAUCCCAUGAUGCUCAAUUGGUUUGAUAUCUUGUUGAAAUACACUUUCGACGUGAUCCAUGUACCGGGUAUUGAGAACGUGUUGCCAGAUGAUCUCUCACGUUUGUUCACUCCCGAUGAACUCUUGGAGGGGGAUAAUCAACCAUCAAAUGCAAUCAAAAUGGGUACGAUAAAAUCGAGCAAAGAUAGACUUGUAUUUCAAAUACGAGUAAUUGACAAACAGCCUAGCGAUGUGGUCACUCCACCGGAUGAUCAACGGAUGGAUGAGCUUGAACGUGCACACUUGAUUAUUGGUCAUGGAGGUGGUGAACAUUUAGUACGUUACUUACGACGUGGUGGCUUGGCAUGGACCAACAUGCUACAAGAUGCAGUAAAGUUGGUAAGCAAAUGUCCACAAUGCCAGAAGACCAACAUAGCCAAGCGAGGUUACAAUCCUCUACGUCCCAUAUACGCAUACUUGCCUGGUGACCAUUGGGCUAUUGACUUGGCAACCUUCAAUCGUUCCUCGUUAACUGGUAACAACUUCUUGAUGGUACUGGUUGACGUAUGCACACGCUUUUGUAUCCUACGUGCGUUACCUGACAAAUCCUCGGAUACGCUGGUCAAAGCUCUUGUGCAAAUCUUUUGUGAUUUUGGCAUACCCCGUAUUCUCCAAUCUGAUAAUGGUGGCGAGUUCAAGAACGCACUCAUGAGGAAGUUAGCAAGAAGUCUAGGCUUUCAUCAGCGUUUUACUACACCUUAUCAUCCUAGCGCCAACGGCAUAGCUGAGAGAUGGGUCCAAACUGCACAAGACGUCAUUCGCAAGAAGAUCGAAGGUGCUGGUAGAGACUGGGACUAUUACGUGCCUAGCACACAGCUUGAGUUGAACAUGCGAGUAUCCAAACGGUUGAAUACACCUCCCUUUACGCUUAUGUUCGCACGCAACAUGAACGAGUUUCGUGAUUAUCGUGGCGACAAGAUCGAGACGGCAAAACCAAUGUCGGAAGAAGCGUUGAAGGAAAGGAUAGAGCACAUGCAAAACAUUGUGUUUCCGGCAUUGAAGGAGAAAGUGGAAGUUUACAACCAAGCGAUGAAAGAGAAAUUUGAUGCAACUCACAAGAUCAUUGAUUUUCCUGAGAAAAGCCACGUCAUGGUAAAAGCAACCCCGUUAAAUCCCCUCAAUUUUCAACUUUGA